AUGGAUUUGUAUGGCGCUUUUCAGUUCUGCACCAUUGGUAUCCUCACCGCGCCGGCCACAGUCCGGCUCUCGCGGACAUACUUCGAUGAUCCCGGUCGGGACAUCAUCUUCUUGUGGACGGGUCUUCUUCUUGCAGGACUUCUCAGCCUAACAGUGGGAUUCUUCCGCAUAAAGCCCUCUCCUUGUCCACACGAUGACGAUGGGAACCCUGUUGACCCCAAUCCUGGGAGAUUUGGGUAUGAUACCCACUGUGGCCUCGUCUGCUCCGAGGGCGAAGGACCUUUCUCUCCGUUACGGGGCGGGUCAGCAAAUAACAUCUACGUCAUUCCCACGCCGGACGGCCUCACCUUCAACACGGCUACGCUUCUCGCAGCUGCGUGCUGUAUACCAGCUAUUUUGUCGCUGGCCUCCAUGUGGAUCAAGAUCCUGGAUGACAACUGGAUCCGGCGGUUUGGCGGCAAACGUGAAAAGAAAAAGAUUGACGAACCAAUUGAAGGCACCAACGGGGCCACUGUCAAGAAAAUGAAUGGCAUCAACGCCUUGAUCCGGAAAUGGUUGACUCUCGUUGAGAUUCCAGUUUUUGGUGCCGCAGUCCUAGCCAUCUUGAUCAUUGGCGAGAUUAACUUCUGGAGCUCGCAGGUGAUGUAUCAGACUGAGCCCAUAGCCAGUAUUGGGCAAUGGGCACCGAUUGUCGGUGCUGGACUCGCAGUGCUGGGAUCGCUGUAUAUGCUACUGGCGGCAGACAUGGAGGCCGAAGUGAAACAAUCCAAGCCAACAGAGAAUCCGACAACAAACCAAUGCGCAGGUGACCUUAUCCCAGCAAAUACGACAGCAACUGCCGAGUUGCGAAGGCGCUCUGUAGAUAUCGGCGACAUCCCCUCUACCGAACUCGAAAUCACAGCGAGUCAGUUUUCGUUGGAUCCCACGCCGGGUACCCCAAGCAACCCGUCCGAACCAGCCGACAUGGGCGCCAGACGCAAAGUGGCCCACUGGUUGACCACCGCCAGCGACUACCUGACUACAGCAGCGCACGAUCAAUUCGAAGACUCGGGCUUUGCAGACGGCCAGAGAAGCACAUGGCCCGAGAUUCCGGCGGAGCUCUACCGAAACAGAAACUUGUUCGAGAUCAAAGAAUUAUUCAGAAGCUCUCCAGCAUCUCGGUCACAAUCUUCGAGGCCUGGCAGUUUCAGUGGCAGUAUGAAUUCCGUCUUCAGUGGCGAGAAUGACUCCAUGACUCCUAGGACCGCCUCGCGCCAGUCUUCUUUGCCUGUUCCCAGUCCUAGCAGACCUCGCCGGUUACAUUCUAACUCGUUCCCGGGAAGAAGCUCUUCUUCUGCGUCUCACUUUCCAGUUAUUGCCUCGACUGCUGGGUCAUCGGCGGACUGGCCUCUGCAAUGGGGUGAGGGCUCCCGGGCGCCAGCUUCUGAUCCGCGAUCUUCCACCAGUACCCCAUCUUCUCCGGCUUCCAUAUCAGACAGUGAUGCCUUAACAGGCAUAUCUAUAGUUCAGAGUCCGCCGCGAAUCGUGGUCUCUUCUGAAUCGACGGCUGCCUUUUCUGUACAACCUUCCCCGGUCGGCUCUCCCACAAUACUGCCAGCUGCAGAUCCACCUUCACUUCACUUCAAUCCGUCCGAAUCAUGA